UCUGUUACCCGGUUAAAUGCCUCACCACGAGAAGCUCCACCAACUUGGGCGACCAGAGCCUGUGAAACGAGCGCUCCCAACACACUCUCAGUUUGAACUGCGCAAAAGCCUCUCUGCCUUUUCAUUGGACAGCCGACACGCAGUGACAGUCGGUAGUAGCAGGUUGUGUGGUUGACAGCAGCUAGCAUCACAGUUCACCACCGAAACACCUCACGCUGGCCAAGUUAACGGGAAGCAGCGGGCGAAUUAACGCUCCUCACAGCUGAAGGCGACCGCUGACUGAAAGGAUAUAACGCUAGUUCUGAGUACGGCGAGGAUGUCUGUCCCGGCGGGAGAGGGAUGAAGAUGACACCACUGUUAUGGCGAGUUGUGUCAGUGUGGCUAUGUGUAGCUGUAGUCUCAUGGUACCCUAGUUGCUAUGUUGGUUGCACAGAGUCGCACCAAGAGGCCCAGAGGCCCGAGUCCUCACAGGACAUCAGUUCGGAGGAAGAGUCAGGGGAAAAGACUCCUCAUCAAAAGGUUGAGGAGAGCUCGGUCUUACCUGCCCGGUCCUUGUCUGAAAAUGAGCUGUUGCUGGAGGAUUAUCAGCAAAAGGAGGAGCAGACAACACAGGACAUGGCCAAAAAAGAACAAUAUUCACAGACCUUUGAAGUGGAGGAGCCCACUAUAGAGGCAGAAGUGGAGGCAGACAACAAAAUUUCACAGUCUGAGCCAGAUCCUGAGCCAAAAUCAGAUUAUCAACAUCAUGAAACGUCUGUCAUUCAAGACCAGGAUUCAGCUGACCUACUCCCAUCCUCCGACCCUAUCUCUGGUUUUGCUGCUGAAUUUAAAGACAAUCCCAGCAUUCCCAAUCUUCAAAACAACAUCCCAAAUAGUGUUUCAGAUGAUGUAUCUGAUGUAGCUGCACCUGAGGUCCUUGAAUCUGACCUGUCCCCAGCUGACUGUGAAGAAGAAGAAAACAACCCAUAUGACAUUGAUAGCAUUCCUCCGGUGGUUCUGGAGAACACUUCCAACGUUCAUACUGCAGGCACUAUAACCCACACUGACCCUCCUCUGGCUUCUCCAGGUGGUCACAGCACACAGCAUCUGGAGACCAACAUAUCACACACGCCGAAAGAGCAGGACCUUAGCUCCUCUGUUACCACAGACGUAGAUUCCAGUGUGAGCAGCAAAGACCCAGAGGACAUCCCCACUUUUGAUGAGUGGAAGCGGAAGAUGAUGGAGGUGGAGAAAGAGAAGACUCUGUCUGCUCACACCUCAAACAAUGGGGGUUCUCAUACAGUGAAGAAGGUCCAGAAGAACUUCAAUAACUACGCCUCAGUGGAAUGUGGGGCCAAGAUCCUUGGCGCUAACCCAGAGGCUAAGAGCACUUCAGCCAUAUUGAAGGAGAACAUGGACUUGUACAUGCUAAACCCCUGUAGUAACAAAAUCUGGUUCAUCAUUGAGCUCUGUGAGCCCAUCCAGCUGAAGCAGCUGGACAUUGCUAACUUUGAACUCUUUUCCUCUACUCCCCAAGACUUUCUGGUCUCCAUUAGUGAUAGAUACCCAACAAAUAAGUGGGUAAAGCUGGGAACCUUUCAUGCCAGGGAUGAACGCACAGUCCAGAGCUUCCCAUUAGAUGAGCAUCUUUAUGCUAAAUAUGUGAAGAUGUUCACCAAGUACAUAAAGGUAGAGCUGGUCUCUCACUUUGGCUCGGAACAUUUCUGUCCUCUCAGUCUCAUAAGGGUGUUUGGCACGAGCAUGGUGGAAGAGUAUGAGGAGAUAGCUGAUCCUCCAGAAAGGCCGGAUGAUCAGGACGAUGACGUGGAUUAUCCAUCCGGGCAUGCACCCGGUGAAGUCAAGUUAUCUAAGAAUCUGAUCGGAUCAGCAAAGGAUGUCAUUUUGAACAUGGUCAGUAAUAUUGCUGUUAAUGUUCUCGGCGGAGGCCCAGAGACACAAGGCAAUAUUUCAUCCCAUGAAGUGAACGUGACUGAGCCAUCAGCGCAGCUUGAAACCACAACCCAAACUACCACUACAGAUCUUAGUUCAGUUCCAGACUCUGAAGAGGUAGAAAUUUUACCAGACCCUGAUAUCCCUACAACUGCAGCCCCUUCUUCAGAGACCCCAGUGUCAGAGACACCUGAUACUGAUACUAGCAAACAAGAGCUCCCCCCAGUGAAGGAAAACAUUGUUACUCCUUUAGAGAAAGAUGAGGAAGAACCUACCCAUUCUACAAUCACUCUUUUGGAUAAGGAGGAGGAGUUGGAUGAAGAAAAAGAGAAAAGGGAUCAAUCAAAUCAAAAUGACUGUGCUCUACUUCUUUCAUUUUCUUCUUCAUGCUCUUGCACAGCUUCCCUCCAGGAAUAUCUCCAUCAGCAGUGUUCAGUCCUGCUGUCGAAAAAGAGGAAAUGCCUAACAAAAGACAGAAAGCAAAUGAUUCCUCCUAUCCAAACACCCACUUGGCACAUACCCCUGUCCCCCUCCGCCUGCCCUGAACCUCAUCCGCACCACAGUGAGAUACAUCAGCUUCAUGAAAAAGAACAAGCUUCUGAGCACCAACCCGAGAGUGGAGCCAGCCCAUCAGAAUCACCACAGCCUCCAGGGAACACAGUAGAAUUUCAUAGAGAGUCUAUGUCAAAACCUCCUGUGCUGGAGCCCAGUCAAACCUCGAGCCUCCCCAAACCCAGUGCCACCGAUUCAUCUGCUGCCAAACCUUCUCCUAUUGUGGAGAGACCAGAGCUGUCUUCUGAGGAAAUGGCAAAGAAGCUAAGGCCAGAAAAGAGCCUGGAUGUGCUGGCUGAAGGGAAACACACAGACCCUUCAGUCUCACUCAGUAGCUCCAUCUAUGUGAAACCCAGUGUCAGUGCAACAGUGGACGAUGCCUCAGUGGAACCAGCUGAGGAGAAGCCAAAUAUUGAUGUUUCUCAAAUAGAAAUAAAUACCCCUGUCCAAAUCCCAGAUAAAACAGAUCAGUCUCAGGUUCUCCUUCCAACCACCUCCCUUCAUUUAGAACAUCACCCACCAGCUGUACCUGAAAGUAGCACUGCUUCCACUGAGCUGUCCAGCCCUGCUCCAGACACUGUAACAGAACUUGAGCCCUCUGGUGGUCCCCCAGUCAUCACAGCAACUAAAACGGAGGAUCUCACAGAAGAAAUCUCUACAUCAACAGGUGGCACUGGUCAGCUGCCUCGCCCCUCUUCUCCAGCUCCUCCUUCUUCUCCUCCCUCACCUACCUCACCAUCCCUCUCAGACAUUUAUGCAGAAACCCCCAAUGGCACAGAGCAGAAUGGCAACCUGGUGCAUGGCUCCAGUCAGAAGGAGUCUGUGUUCAUGAGACUCAACAACCGCAUCAAGGCCCUGGAGAUGAACAUGUCACUCAGCGGACGCUACCUGGAGCAGCUUAGUCAGAGGUAUCGGAAGCAGAUGGAGGAGAUGCAGAAGGCUUUCAACAAAACAAUCAUUAAACUCCAAAACACCUCCAGAAUAGCAGAGGAGCAGGACCUGCGUCAGACUGAGUCCAUUCAGUUGCUGCAGGGCCAGCUGGAGAACGUGACUCAGCUGGUUCUCAACCUGUCUGUCAGAGUCAGCCAGCUGCAGAGUGAGGUGUCAGACAGGCAGAACUACCUGCUGCUGUCUCUGGUGUUGUUUCUGUGUCUUGGCCUGUGGCUGUGUGUCAGCUACUGCCGCAUCUCCACUGUUCCACCAGUCGCAGAACAAGAGGAACCAGUACCUAAGAGCUACACCUACUGCUGUCCUGAAAGGCAGUUCUCUUCCUGUGAUGAGACGGGCUUGAAGAGGAGUGCAUCCUAUCCACUGAUACACUCUGAGGCAUUCCAGUCAGCCACCACUGAGGGUAUAGUUGUACAACAAAAGUGCUGUCAUGGCCCAGAAAAUCGGCACACAGAGGAGACCCGGAGUCUUUGUCCAGCUAACAGAAAGAGGAGACGUCGUAAGAUGAAGCCUAUAGAGAAAGUGGAGACUCUGAAACCCUCUUUUCAUGCUGCUCCAGAACUGAGUAAUGGAGCUGUUAUAUGUAACGGUGUACCUAUCACCACAAACCCUACACCUCUUACAAAAAGGUUACUUCAGCCUACCUUCAGAGACUCACCGUCAGAGGGCAGCUCAGAGGGAUCCUCACAUUCAGAUGACCCCUCCUUUUGUGGCAUCACCACAGCCUGCUCUCGAAUCUGUGACAGCCUCCCGCCACCCAAGACCCGGGCAGAGAAACGGGCUUUAAGACGCCAGCGUCCCAAGCCCGGCUGUGCGGGCUCGGACUUGCUUCAAGCCCCAAAGAGGAACAAGAGUGAUCCGUUGCCCAUCUCUACCAUACAUCUACCAUAUAUCAUGAACAGGAAAACAGAGCAAAGCUCUGGGACUUUUGGGGUAAAUGUUGCCCUCUCAGGUUCUGUUUGACAGGACAAAGAGACAAAUUUAAAAAAGGCUCCACUCCUUCCCACUGACUGCGAAACUCUUUCCAAAACAGGAUGGAUGAUAAUUUCUGUAGCCACAGGCAGCUUUAAGCUCCAAAUCGAGACAGUCCUUUCACUCUCACUGUUUAGUUUCUUUUUCUGUUCAUGUUCUCUGUUCUGUUCAUGUCAGACCUUUUUAUAUUUGUUAAACUUCAAGUCAAAGAAAUAUCUUCCCAGCUUAAAAUUAAAGAUUUCCCUCUGUUUGGAAAUGUUUACUGUGACCAUCGACCUAAGAUUUUAACAAAAAGGACUCAGUUUUAUUUUCUACAUAAUGUGCGCACUUAACAAGUUCAACAUCUCUUUUUUCAAAACAUUUCUGUCUUUAAAUCAUAUAUAUACAUUUUCAAUCUGUUUUUUUUAUUUCAUAGUAAAUCUAGGUUAAUUUUUCUGCCAAGAAGUUGCCUCGGACCUUCAAGGACAAGCAGAGGACUUUUACUUUUGUCAGUUUCACCCAUCAGAGUAAAAGCAAAGAAACUGUUUGAGAAAACUAUAGGGUUUACAGCACAGCAGAAGUACUUGGAAGAAGAAAUACUGUACAAUAGUAUUAGCAAAUUUCUAUACUGAAAGUGGACAAAUAGAGCUACUUAACAUAGUCAUAGCCCUGUGCUGUUAUGUUGUGGUUAUGUUAGUUACUGAUUCAGUGAAGCAGAGAGAAAAGAAAAGACAGGUGUGUACUCAUAACAUUGACUGACUUCAGGUUAUGAGUUUAUUUUAUUGAUUUAUGUAAAAAGAAACUAGUGCCUGAAUACAAUUAAAUACUGAGUCCACUCAACCUUCAAAUAAUACAAGAUACAGCACUUUUGAAAAAUUAUUUGAUGGGUUUAAUUUCAUUAUGAAGCAGUGUAAUUAAAGAUUUUAGCCAGCAGUUUGGAAAAAAAUGCAAAGUUGUAUCAAACAUGUAAGUAAAGGAUGGAAAAAUUCUGCUUCAACCCUCAGCCUUUGACAUGCCUCAGGUUUGAAAUGCCAGGUUUUCCCCUCAAGUUGCUGUAUCUUUCCGUCAUCUGAAAUGCGAUUGGUUGGUCUGAGUGAAAGCCCUGGGACUGUUCACUACUUUCCAACAGCUUAAUUCACAUUCCUAGCGAUGCUGCGA